AUGUUCCAUGUCUCUAGAAUUAUUCCAAAUUUUUAUACAAAAUGCAUUUACAACGUACACAUGCAGAUUUCCAGAAAACAUACAUGGAAAAACGCCACUGGAUCUGCAAAAACUCUAAUAUCCCUAUUGGAUGGAACAUUUAAAAACGCCGAAGGCUCUGCCAAUCCCAACCAUGAGGAUAUUAUGAAUGAAGCAAAAAAAUACAUGGGCCAAGAAACAACCCUUUAUGUUGACUCCUCCGUGUUCUCAAAACUGUCUCUUUACAAACCAGGUUCAGGUCUUUGGAAUGAUUGCUUGAAGAAGAUAAACGAUAAGUUGGUACAGCAUGCUGCAAAAAAAACAGAAACACUUGAGGACAAGUCCAUUUUUGAUGUUCAUGUGCUAGUUUCUCUUUCCAAAUCGGUUAUGAGGACAAAUUUGGUUUCACAACCACUAGCUAGCGUGUUACUUUAUUAUCUAAAGAAUGCUGAUCGUAUGAUACCAAAAAGGAUCGAAUUACUGAACUCUAUACUAGAAUACCUAGUAUAUUCUGAUUCUUCCUCCAACUUUCCCAUAUUAUGUGAUGCUAUAACAGAAUGUGCUGGAGAUAUUGCUCCGCGUCAUUUGGCUAGUGUAUUUUAUUAUUUGUCAAAAUUAGGCAACAAGAAUGAAGCAAUGAUUCAAUCAAUAUCAAGGGUUCUUCAUAAUAAUAUUGCAAGGGGGACACUCACUUCUUUUGAAAAGACACAGCUUGCAAAAACUUACUCUAUACUAAAUCACGAGCACAUUACAUUUUUUAACCAUAUAUCGCAGGAACUUAUGCACAUAUUUGAGCAUAUGGAUCUAGGGCUCUACUUUAAUAAUAGUUGUCUUAAGGACGAUACAUACAUCAGAGGGAUUGGUAGUAAUAAUCUAGAACCUAGUGGGAUCAUUUGUAAUGUCCUAAAGUAUAUUCACGGGGAGAACUCUUCAGAUCUUGAUGUAAUAGAGUUUAAAGGCCUAGAUGAACAACUUUACACAUGCGGUCAAAUUGUAUUCAUACUCGAUAGUAUGAUUUAUUUAAGAAUUCAUCAUCUAGAGAAUUAUUUUAAAAGGCUCAUUGAAAACGCAAUAAAACAUUGUUUCAAGACGGAAAUUUUGGAAUCCUUUGAUUCUGAACAGCUGAGAUGUUGUAUAUCUCUCUUGGCUAACUGCAAUAAGAAUGUAGAGGAUGAUAUAUUGGAAUUUAUAACAAGAAAAAUAAUCCAAGAAUAUGUCGCUGGACGUGCAACGAAUUCGCAAAUCUCCUUGUUUUUAAAAGAUUUGGUUAAGCAGACAAGGAAAGUUGUAAAGGUAAAGAGUGUAAGGAAUAAAACUUUCCACAACUCCAAGUUCAUUGCUCCAAGAUGGAUUAAUAAACCCUUGUAUUUGAAGAAUGAUCAAGGUAACGAAUCGUUUAACAGAUCUAUUAUAGAGUCACUCUGUACAAAGAUAUGUGAAAACGUUCAUAGCUUCAAGCUAGAUGAGUUAACAUGGUGCCUAAGAUCUGUAGCGUACUUGGGAUUUCGAAAUGAUGACUUUUACAAAAUAUUCAUACCAUUCUUCAGAGAACGACUAUCAGAGCUCAAUAAUUUAAGUAUUGCAAACAUUACUCAGGCCUUUAACAAGGCUGAGAUCAAGGAGCAGUACUUCUUUCACCUUCUAGGGAAACAACAUCAGCUCUACCUGAAUGAGAUCGACAGACACAAUAAACCAUACAUUAAGCGUAUCGGAUAA